AUGGCCGAGUGCGCUCCCAGCACCUCGUCCGCAUGCCCUGGUUCCAUCAACAGCUCCGCCCCGACAGGUGCUGGAGCGCACUUCGGCGACAAGGCACACCUGCUCCCAAUCAGCGGAGCAGUACUUGAGGGCAGCGUUGGUGUGUCCUCAUCACCAGAUGAUCUCUCGAUGUCCCGCUGUCAUCAUGGCUGCCUCUGCUCGCCGUACCCUGGGUUGCUCACCGAGUGGUCCAGUCGACACAGCUCCCAGUCACCCGUACCGGCCUGUGUUGCGUUACGAUUUGUUGCAAACGGUAGUUUUCUUUAUAACAUCGGGGAUGCAGAGCACAUUAGUAAGGCCACAGUAUGUAGAAUAGUUCGGAAAGUGUGCCUCACCCUCAAGCGCUUUCUGUUAUUUUUUGUUGUGUUUCCUGGGCACAAACCCCUCAGAGCCAUUAAAGAGGAGUUUCACAGGAUUGCAGGAUUUCCAAAUGUGGUUGGAUGCAUUGAUGGAACACAUAUUCCCAUCAAUGCACCUUCUGAAAAUGAAGGGGACUAUGUCAACAGGAGGUCCAUCCACAGUAUUAAUGUGCAGAUCAUAUGUGAUGCUUCACAUAUUAUCACGAACGUGGAGGCCAAGUGGCCCGGCUCUGUUCAUGACUCACGAAUAUAUCGUGUGUCAACCCUAAGUAACAGGCUGCAAUGUGGAGAGAUUGAUGGCUUUCUGCUGGGAGAUAGGGGUUACCCAUGCCAGCCCACACUGAUGACCCCUUACCCAGAACCUGCAGCAGGCCCCCAGCAGCGCUUUAAUGUGGCACACUGCAGAACAAGAGCCCGGGUGGAAAUGACCAUAGGCCUGUUGAAAGCACGUUUUCAGUGCCUACGUCACCUCAGGGUAACACCUGAGAGGGCCUGUGACAUUAUUGUGGCAUGUGUUGUUCUCCACAAUAUUGCCAUUAUUAGAGGGGAGCAACACCCUGCCCUACAAAUACAAGACCCUGAGGAAGACUCCAUCCACCCUGCAGAUUACCAGGAUGGAAGGACAGUCAGAGAUAGGACCACCAACCACCACCAUCACACCACCACCGAUGAAAGAAAGAAACUGAAUAAAUGCAAAUCAUGA